GCACCUUGCAGAGAGCACCUGUACUGUACCUGUGGAGAUCCCAGUAGAGAACUACAGGGCAACAUGGGCUUAAGAAGGGGGGUACCGCUAUGGGCCCUGAUAUGGCUGAUAUCUCUUGCUAAUGCCUCUACUAUGAGUGGGUCUCAACCAGAGGUGCAGAAAAUAGGCGGAACAAAAGUUAACAUCAUCCCAGGAAUGAUGAAGCCCAUUAUAUCUGGGGUGAACCCUGCUCACAACGGCCGCGUGUGCAGCACAUGGGGUAACUACCACUUCAAAAUGUUUGAUGGAGACGUGUUUAAUCUCCCGUCCACCUGCAACUACGUCCUCACCUCGCAGUGCAAGAGCAACUACGAGGACUUCAACAUCCAGAUGAGACGAGCGGUCGUCAACGACCUGCCGACCAUCAGCACCAUAACCAUGAAGCUAGAAGGGACAGUUGUGGAAUUCACCAAGAACGCCAUCUCAGUCAAUGGGAAGCAGGUUACCCUGCCUUUCAGCCAGUCUGGUGUCCUGAUUGAAAAGAUCAAUUCUUACAUCAAGGUCACAGCUAAACUCGGGCUGGUUGCCAUAUGGAACGAGGAUGAUUCUCUUGUGCUGGAAGUUGAUGACAAAUACAUGAACCAGACGUGCGGCCUCUGUGGAGACUUCAAUGGAGUCCAGGUCUACAAUGAGUUCAUUCAAAAUGGUGUGAAAAUAUCUCCUCUGGAUUUUGCAACCUUCUGGAAGAUGGACAGCCCAACAGAAACAUGCACUGAACUCACUCCUCCAUCUGAGGACAAGUGUGCCGAUCUGAAACCAUUGUGUGAGCAGAUUCUGUCCAACCCUGCCUUAGUCACCUGCAAGGACCUGGUACCUGUAGAUGCGUUUGUCAAUGCCUGCGUUAAAGACAUGUGCCAGUGUAACAACACUGCUGAGCAUUUCUGCCUGUGCAACACCAUCUCUGAAUACUCGCGGCAGUGUGUGCACGCUGGCGGCAAACCCCAGAACUGGAGAACAGAUCAAUUCUGCAGUAAGACAUGCCCGAUGAACAUGGAGUUCAAGGAGUGUGGGAUCCCUUGCACUGACACCUGCUCCAACCCUGACCGAGGUCACCACUGUGAGGACCACUGCACUGAUGGCUGCUUCUGCCCAGCAGGAACUGUUUUUGAUGACAUUAACCACAGUGGAUGUAUUCCGCUACAAAAGUGCUCCUGCAGCUACAGUGGAAAAACAUACAGUCCUGGAGAGUCUUACUCCAGCAAUUGCCGGCACUGCGUCUGCAAUGGAGGACAGUGGACCUGCAAUGAGCUGGACUGCCCUGGAUUCUGUUCCAUUGAGGGAGGUUCCCAUGUCACCACAUAUGAUGGCCAAGACUUCACCUUCCACGGAGACUGUUCCUAUGUCCUCUCAAAGACUUGCCAAAGCAAUGCAUUUACAAUUCUCGGGGACAUUGUCAAGUGCGGGCUGACAGACACAGAGACCUGCCUAAAGUCUGUCACCAUUGCUAUUGCAGGAGGACAAAAUGUCUUCAGCAUCAAUCCAAGUGGAAGCGUUUACAUGAACGGGUUGUUCGCUCAGCUGCCAUUGUAUACAGUCAAUGUAACCAUCUUCAGACCAUCCUCGUUCUACAUCGUUGUUCAAACUUCCUUUGACCUGGUGCUGGAGAUCCAGCUCACUCCCAUCAUGCAGGUUUACAUCAUUGCAGGUCCUGUUUACAAGACACAGACUUGUGGUCUCUGCGGUAAUUUUAACAACGUCCAGACUGAUGAUUUCAAAGUGAGCAGCGGGGUGGUGGAGGGAACGGCCUCUGCCUUUGCCAACACCUGGAAGACCCAAGCAAGCUGCCCAGAUGUGAAGGACACUUACAACAACCCUUGCAGUCUGAGUGUUGAGAAUGAAAAAUACGCCCAGCACUGGUGCUCCAUGCUGUUAGAUACUCAGGGUCCUUUUUCUGCCUGCCAUCCGGUGAUCAACCCUGCCACCUACAACAAAAACUGCAUGUACGACAGCUGCAACUGUGAGAAGAGCGAGGACUGCAUGUGUGCAGCCAUCUCCUCGUACGUCCGCGCUUGCGCUGCUAAAGGGGUCGCGCUGGACGGCUGGAGAAGCAGCAUCUGCACCAAGUACUCCACCUCCUGCCCUAAAACGCUGACCUACAGCUACAACAUGACCAGCUGUGAUCGCACCUGUCGCUCCCUCAGUGAGCCGGACUACACCUGCAAAGUGAACUUUGUACCUGUGGAUGGGUGUGGGUGUGCAGAGGGGACCUACAUGGACGAGGGAGGCAAAUGCGUCCCACCUGAGAGCUGCCCGUGCUACAACAAGGGGUCAGUUGUGCCAGCUGGAGAGGUCAUCAACAGGGACGGAGCCAUGUGCACUUGCAAGCAAGGGAAACUGAGCUGCAUUGGAGAAUCUUCACAACCAAACUGCACAGCACCAAUGGUCUUCUUUGACUGUAGCAAUGCUGUAAAAGGGGCUCAUGGAUCUGAGUGUCAGAAGAGCUGUCAGACACUGGAUAUGGAGUGUUACAGCACAGAGUGUGCCUCCGGCUGCAUGUGCCCAGAGGGUCUGCUUUCAGAUGGGAAAGGAGGCUGUGUCUCUGAGAACCAGUGUCCUUGCAUUCACAACGGAGCCUCCUACAAAGCUGGAGAGACAAUCAAAGCGGACUGCAACACCUGUACUUGCAAGGACAGACAAUGGCAGUGCACAGAUAACCUGUGCCAGGGUACCUGUGCCAUCUACGGAGACGGGCAUUACAUCACUUUCGAUGGGAAGAGGUUCAGCUUCAGUGGAGACUGUGAAUAUAUCCUCACACAGAACUAUUGCAUUGGCAACUCAGCCAAUGGCACCUUCAGAGUGAUCACUGAGAACAUUCCCUGUGGCACCACAGGGACCACCUGCUCCAAGGCCAUCAAGCUGUUCCUCGGGAACAAUGAGCUGAUAUUGUCUGAAGGACACUACCAGGUGGUCCAGAGAGGCUCGGGGGAAGAAGUACCCUAUAAGAUCAGCACCAUGGGAAUUUACAUGGUCAUCGAAGCCAAGAAUGGAUUAAUCCUCAUGUGGGACAAGAAGACCAGCAUAUUCAUCAAACUCAGCCCCGAUUUCCAGGGUCACGUCUGCGGCCUGUGCGGUAACUACGAUGGGAAUGGACAGAACGACUUUACUACCCGGAGCCAGGCGGUGGUUGUAAACAGCCAGGAGUUUGGAAACAGCUGGAAGGUCUCUCCCAGCUGCCCCGACGCGAAAGUCAUAAGAGACCCCUGCGUCUCCAACCCCUACCGGCAGUCCUGGGCUCAGAAGCAAUGCAGCCUCAUCAAGAGCAAAGUGUUCACUGCCUGCCACGCUCAGGUGGACCCCACUCCGUACUACGAUGCCUGCGUGAGAGACUCGUGUGCCUGUGACUCUGGGGGAGACUGCGAGUGCUUCUGCACGGCCGUCGCCUCCUAUGCUGAGGCCUGUAAUGAGGCUGGCAUUUGCGUUUUGUGGAGAAGCCCUGAAAUUUGCCCGCUGUUCUGUGAUUACUACAACCCCAUUGGCGAGUGUGAGUGGCACUACAAGCCCUGCGGCGCUCCCUGUAUGAAGACCUGCCGGAACCCCAGUGGGACGUGCUCCAGCCAGAUCCCAGGAUUGGAAGGUUGCUAUCCAGAGUGUCCACCGAACCAGCCCUAUUUUGAUGAGGAUUCGAUGACGUGUGUAAAACAGGAAGACUGCGGUUGCUAUGACGAUGAAGGAAAUCACUAUAAAAACGGGGAGAAGGUUCCCUCCACAGAGAACUGUCAAUCAUGCUUGUGUAAAUCUGUGGAAGUGCAUUGCAGCUAUGAUGUUCACAAAUGUUACUGUACCUAUCAGGGGAAUAUGUAUCCAUAUGGUGCAACAAUCUACAACACCACUGAUGGCUUAGGAAGCUGCAUAACUGCUACCUGCGGAGAAAAUGGCACCAUUGACAGAAACAUCACCACCUGCCCGACAGCACACCCCAGUUCAACAACAGGACACUCAACUACUACCAUAGGAACUACCAAGCAUACCCCAACAGUGUUCAACUUCACCACCCCAUUUCCAACCAUGCCAACUGGCAAAUCUACAACAGCUCCACCCUCAUCACCUACUGCAACCUCAGAAUCAACAACAAGUGGCACUACUAGCUGCCUAGAGGAAAUCUGCCAGUGGUCAGAGUGGUAUGAUGUAAGCUUCCCAACUGACAGUAACGAUGGGGACGAUGAAACGUAUGACAAAAUCAAGGCGAAAGGUCACUCUCUGUGUGCACAUCCAUUGCAACUGCAAUGCAGAGCCCAGCAAUACCCAAAUACACCUCUAGGGGACUUAGGACAAGUAGUACAAUGUAACAGUUCAUUUGGGCUCAAGUGCAACAACAAAGAUAAUCCAACCACAUGCUUAAACUAUGAGAUCAGUGCAUACUGCUGCAACCUUGUGAAUUGCAAUGCGACAACAAGGGCACCACCUGCGACCAGCAAAAAAUCAACCCCUCUCCCAGUCACCACAUCUACAUCCCCUGGAACAACAACUUCAACCCCUCUCCCAGUUACCACAUCUACAUCCACUGAAACAACUACAACCCCUCUCCCAGUCACCACAUCUACAUCCCCUGGAACAACUUCAACCCCUCGCCCAGUCACCACAUCUACAACAACUUCAACCCCUCGCCCAGUCACCACAUCUACAUCCACUGAAACAACUACAACCCCUCGCCCAGUCACCACAUCUACAUCCCCUGGAACAACUACAACCCCUCUCCCAGUCACCACAUCUACAUCCACUGAAACACCUCUGACCACUUCAACUGAAGUCCCUUACACCACAAGCCCUGCAACCACCUGCAGGCGUCCCUGUCAAUGGUCCCAGUGGUUUGAUAACAAUUUCCCAACUCUGGGUACGGCAGGUGGAGACUCAGAAACCUAUGACAAAAUCAUAGCAGCUGGGGGAAAGAUAUGUGAAAAGCCAUUUGAAAUGCCAAGCAGAACUGAAUGCAGGGCAGAGAAGUAUCCCGAAAAAAUAAUUGAGGACAUUGGUCAAGUUGUGACAUGUGAUAUCGCUACAGGACUAACAUGUAAAAAUGAAGAUCAAAAAGGUAUUUUUCCACUGUGCUACAACUAUCAAAUAAGGUUUCUCUGUUGUGAUGUUUAUCACUGUGAAUCAACAACAUCUACAACUCCAGCGACAACUACAACAACAUCUACAACAAGUAGCACUUUUACCACUAGUCCCAGUAUAAUCACCAUUACCAAAUCAACACCAGUAUUUAAACCUAUCGUAAGCACCACUGAACCAACAACAUCUACAACCACAGUGACAACUACAACAGCUUCUACAACAAGUAGCACUGCUACAACUGAAAGCAGCACCUACACAUCAACAAGAAAGCCAAGCCCAACAAAACCAACUUUAUCAACCAAGACUUCAACAUCUUCCACAGUGUCCAAACCUCAUACUACCACAGAAACUUCAUCAACCACAGCAGUGGCGCCAAGCAGCACUGAAAAGACAACCUUGUCCACCACUGAAGUUUCUUCUUCAACAACAGAAACUGUAUUCACUGGAUCAAGUCUACCAGUCACUACCCCGACACCUGGCUCUACAACAACAUCAGAAGUAACACACAUUUCCACCGUGUGCACCUGCCAUGUCAAUGGAACCAUAUAUACACCUGGUGAAAUUAUAUACAACAACAUGGAUAAUGACGGGUGGUGUUACACAGCUUUCUGUAAUGAGAAAUGUAAGAUUGAGAAAUAUGUCAAGGAAUGCCCUACUACUACUGGGCCAACAACCAUAUCUUCAACCACCACAAAGCCAACCACCAGCAAGAAAACAACACCAUAUGUACCAGAAACCACUCAUCAAGGUUGUGAUCACCUUAACCCUCCCAGAAAGUACCAUGAGACUUGGAAGACUGAUAAAUGCACAAUAGCAACAUGCGAAGGAGGCUCGAAAAUUAAUAUGGAGCCUGUGCCGUGCAAGGCUGUGGAACCAAUUGAAUGUGUAAACGGCCUCCCACCAGUUAAGGUGUAUGAUGAAUCUGGAUGCUGCUACCAGUAUGAAUGUCAAUGCAGCUGUUAUGGGUGGGGAGAUCCUCACUACAUCACCUUUGACGGAACAGUCUACAACUUCCAAGGAGACUGCACAUAUGUUCUUGUGAAGCAGAUCACACCUAAAUAUGGCAAUUUCAGCGUAAUUGUAGAAAACUACCUGUGUGACACUGCAAAAGGCCUCUCCUCCUGCCCGCGAUCCCUCACUGUGUAUUACAAGAAGCACGAGGUGUUCAUGAAACAGCUGCAAGCUGAUGGACUCACAAAGAACAUGAUUAUGUUCGAUAACAAACCAAUCAUCCCAGGCUUUUCAAGAGAUGGCAUCCAAAUCUCAAGCACAGGAAUUGAAAUCAGUGUGUACAUCCCUGAGAUCAAUGCUCAGGUGUCCUUAAGAGAAUUAAUGUUCAUAAUUCAGCUGCCCUACUCACUCUUCAAUGGCAACACAGAAGGACAGUGUGGAAUCUGUGACAACGACAAGAAAAAUGAUUGCAGAGGACCCAACCAGGUUGUUGAAUCCUGCUUUGAUUCAGCCCACGACUGGCAUCUCAACCACUGCACUAAACCAACUCCACCAUCUGUAAAACCCACUACAACAGCCAAGACACCAUCCGCGUCGUCAUCCAAGCUGCCGACCACUACACUACCCACUCAACCUCCGACAACUGCAUGCAAAGCAACUAUUUGUGAGAUCAUCUACAGCAAUGUCUUUAAAGCAUGCAGUCAAAUAAUCUCGCCCCAGCCAUUCUACGAGGCCUGUUAUUAUGAUGUUUGCCAAAUGCCGGACACCAGUAUUGGCUGCUCCAGUUUGGAAGUGUACGCCUCCAUAUGCGAGACUGUAGGAUUCUGCGUGGACUGGAGGAAAUUUACUAAUGGGAAAUGCAAUUUCUCCUGCCCACCAACAAAGGAGUACCGUGCAUGCGGACCAGAUGUGCAGCCUACUUGCAACUCCAAGCACAAUGAAAAACACAUUGACCAAAACCCACCCAGCAGCAGCAAGUUCACUGAAGGCUGCUUCUGUCCAAAUGGGACGAUCCUGUUCAACUCCUUCACCGAUGUCUGUGUCUCCUCCUGUGGGUGCACUGGUGCUGAUGGCAUGCCCAAGCAGCCUGGUGAGACGUGGCAGAGUAACUGCCAGGACUGUGUCUGUGACAAAGACUCGAUGAGUGUCCAAUGCACACCCCACGUGUGCACAGAAGAGUCACCUGUGACUUGCUCCAUGGAGGGACAGGAGCGAGUGACUGAACCAGCUGGCCCGUGCUGCAACAAGACCAUCUGCAAAUGCAACGUGGACCUCUGCUCGAAAGCACAGCACAGCUGUGACACAGGGUUCAAACUAGAGAUUAGUAUACCAGAGAAUGGCUGCUGUCCGAAAUAUACGUGCGUGCCCAAGGAUGUCUGUGUGUUCAACAACACGGAAUAUCAGCCUGGAUCCAAUGUUCCUAAGGGCACAUGUGAAGAGUGUUGGUGCAGCUAUCAAAUCGACUCAGCCUCCAAACUGCUAGCUAUUGAUUGCAAACCAAUUCCCUGUGACACCGAAUGCCCGAUUGGUUUCAGGUAUGAGGCAAUCCCCGGUAUGUGCUGUGGAGUGUGCGUCCAGAAGGAAUGUGUCGUCAUGCUGCCAGACCAGACAGCUCACGUGAUCCAGCCUGGACAAGUCUGGACAAGCCCUGAUAACAACUGCACCAGGUACAAGUGUGACAAGAAUAAAGACCAGCUAGGGCUAACUGAGAUUGACAUCUUCUGUCCUCCAUUCAACCCUAAAGACUGCAUCCCGGGCACUGAGACACUUGGUCCAGAAGGCUGCUGCCGUCAGUGCAAGUCGGCUACCAACUGCAACAUUCAAAAACACAAAACCCACAUAGAGAGCAAUGGAUGCAAGUCUAAUUCUUCUGUGGAGCUGACAUCGUGUGGGGGGUCAUGUGGAACAUAUUCCAUGUUUUCACCGGAGACCCACCACAUGAUGCACUCCUGCACCUGCUGCAGGGAGACAAAGACCAGCGAGAAGAAGGUCACCCUCUCGUGCCCUGACAGCACUGCUGUCGACUACUCCUACACCUACGUGGAGGAGUGUGCCUGCCAGAAAACGGAGUGCGUGGACAGCAACACCAGCACCGCGCCACCCAGCGGGCAAGAGGUCAUGGAAGCAGCAAAGGGCCUGAGAGCUCGCCGGAGGAGGAAGUAAUCGUGCAACGAGCAUCCUGGCACUCCUGCAUGCCCAUUCUCAUUUAAUCCAACCUCUUUCAUCUCUUUGCGCUUCAUUUCAAAUCAUUUAAGUGAUAGCUACAGCUGAUGCGCACAUUGCUUUCCUGAAGAUGACUCAUCUUUUUCUUUUGUCCCCUCCUGCAGCAGCUCAGCGAACACCUGCCAUCUCUCUGGUGUAAUAGUAAAGAUACUUCCAUUUAGUAGGACUAGGCAUGCAAAUCAAACUUCAAAAGCAACUCUGACAAUGCAUUCAAGCACAUUCAGUAGGGCUGCUGCCCCACAGCUCACCGGCACCACACCACAUUUAUAUCAAAGCAUACAAAACACCAUUUAAUAAAUACAUACAUACAUACAUAUAUAUAUAUAUAUAUAUAUAUAUAUAUAUAUAUAUAUAUAUAUAUAUAUAUUGAAAUGUUAACAUAGAAAAAAUAUUUGUGACUCCCGGCACUUAAUUAAAGAUGAAGAACAAAUACAUUAACAAAUUAACAAGUGUGAUGUGAAGAAUGGAUAUAUGGACCCUAAAAUAUAAUUUGUGGUUUUUUUGUUUUGGAUUUGGUGAUGUGUGUAAAGCCUUUCACUGAAUGUGUCUUGUUCAAUUGUCUUCUUGUGAAAUGUGUACCCUAAUAAACUUUAGCGCUUUGCA